GGAACAAUGUCUCUCGAGGGUCCACAUAUCUUAAGAUGUGAUAUGAAAAGACUGAUGAAACAGGAAGCUUUACAAUGUGUACGGUUCGCUUGUAGAAAAUUUAAAACAUCUAAAGCUAUGGCAAUGUAUAUUAAAAAUAGGUUUGACAAAGUUUAUGGUUCGAACUGGAAUUGUAUAGUUGGUAAAGAUUUUGGCAGCCACGUAACAUUCUGUAGACUGACGUUUUUUCAUGCCACAUAUGGUGAAAGGGCUGUCUUGCUGUUUCAAACAUACUGA